GGCGCAAGCGCAAUGUCAGUUAGUGAAUCGGCUUGGUGUAGUGCGGAAGAAAUUUCGACAAAUAUUUAGGGUGGACUAUUCACUUGGCCGACAAAAUGAGCAGCUCGGAGGAGGUGUCAUGGAUCUCUUGGUUUUGUGGACUUAGAGGCAAUGAAUUCUUCUGUGAGGUUGAUGAGGAUUAUAUUCAAGACAAAUUUAACUUGACAGGGCUGAAUGAACAGGUGCCCCACUAUAGACAGGCUCUGGACAUGAUCCUGGACCUAGAGCCAGAUGAUGAAUUAGAAGACAAUCCAGGUACUAGUGAUCUCAUAGAGCAAGCUGCAGAGAUGUUGUACGGACUCAUACAUGCCAGAUAUAUCAUGACAAAUAGAGGAAUAGCACAAAUGAUUGAGAAAUGGCAGCAGGGAGACUUUGGCUACUGUCCCAGGGUGUAUUGUGAAAAUCAACCCAUGUUACCAAUAGGUUUAUCAGAUGUUCCAGGUGAGGCUAUGGUAAAACUAUACUGUCCAAAAUGCCAAGAUGUCUACACACCGAAGUCAUCGCGGCACCAUCACACCGAUGGUGCCUACUUUGGUACGGGGUUCCCACACAUGUUAUUCAUGGUGCACCCAGAAUACAGGCCGAAGAGACCAGCCAACCAAUUUGUACCCAGACUGUAUGGCUUCAAGGUGCACCCCCUGGCCUACGAGUUGCAGUAUGCGGCUGCCGCACGGACGCGCUCAUCUGGAAUGUCGAGACCAAGAACAUCUGCCAGGUCGCCAGUCUACAAAUAGGGACCCCAAUCCAGCCUUUGUAUUUUCUACUUGGCUUCCAAAAGAUGAAAAUUCCAAAAUGAACAAAAACCACAACAGUUGGAAAAAGUCGGGGACAAAAAAGGACUUCAGUUUGCAGUUGCUUGCAUUCAGGUGGCUUGUUUAUAAUACACCAAAAAAUACAACAGUAACGGAAUUUAGGUGUAUAUCUACAGAAUACAUAUAUAUGACAUGUUAAUUUAACUUUCUGCGUGGCUGUGACCAUAAAACCAACAAAAGGAACAUAAAUGGAUGGAGUUGCUCUGAAUAAGUGACUAACUCUGCUUAAAAAUGGUAAAAAAUACACGUGAAAUGAGACUUUGACUUUGUAAUAGAAGAUGUAGCUUAAAUAAGUUAGAACCAGGACGGUUUUGUGAGCGAACAAAUGUCAAGAAUUAAUUAAUGUGAAAUAACAAGGGGUGUUACGAGGCCUGUCGACUUGUACAUUUUCACAUAUUUCAUUUAUUACAGAGCAUUUUGUAAAAAUUAUUUGUUUAAGGUAAUGGUUUUCUCCACAAAUUAUUGUAAAGGCUUUAUUUGGUAACUUGCCUUUUUAUUUUUUUGAAUAGCAAUAAGAUCAGAGUUAACAAGUAAUACGUAUUUUGGUAGCAGUCAAGGCAUGGCUGAGUAAUUAUUUUCAUUCAGAUUUUUUUCUGAUUUGUGUCACGGUGGAAACCAUGCAAAUAUUGAAGUUUUUUUUUUCAAAAACGCUAUUUACAUGUCUUUAAAAAGGACAAUAAUGACGGUCAAAUUAAUGUCGAAACGACUUCUGGAGUGUUGUGAUUCUUGGGUUAAAUUCUUACCUAACCUAACCUCAUCGCUUCUCUUGUGUUGGCUAAAACUGCUAAUUCUGUUGAAUCUAUCAAAGGUUUCAAGAACACCAAGUGGAGGAAGAUGAUACUUAAACAGAUGAGUAAAAAUGUUUUAAGAAGAU